GCGCCUGCGCAGUCGCCGCUCUCUGCCUCUUCCUCCAGGCCCGGCGGCCCUGAAUGAUCCGGCCCGGCAUCCCCCGCGCGCCGCCGCCGCCGCCGCUGGGCCCGCUCCGCCAUGGCCUUCACGUUCGCCGCCUUCUGCUACAUGCUGGCGCUGCUCCUCACCGCCGCCCUCAUCUUCUUCGCCAUCUGGCAUAUUAUAGCUUUUGAUGAGCUGAAGACUGACUACAAGAAUCCCAUAGACCAGUGUAAUACACUCAACCCUACAAUUGAAAAGGUUAAAAAGAUUAAAAGAGUCAAAAUUGCAUUAAAGCUUGUACUCCCAGAGUACCUCAUCCAUGCGUUCUUCUGUGUAAUGUUUCUGUGUGCAACAGAAUGGCUUACCCUGGGUCUCAAUAUGCCAUUGUUGGCUUACCACAUUUGGAGGUAUAUGAGUAGGCCCGUGAUGAGUGGACCAGGACUGUAUGAUCCGACAACUAUCAUGAAUGCAGAUAUUUUAGCAUAUUGCCAGAAGGAAGGAUGGUGCAAACUAGCAUUUUACCUUCUAUCCUUUUUUUACUACCUAUAUGGCAUGAUUUAUGUUUUGGUGAGCUCUUAAAAGAUGACGUCCAGCAGAUUGGUUCCACCACAGUGCAUGCAGAGAAGCUACAAAACAAAGGAUCGUUUUCCGAAAAGAAUCUGUUAUCAAGAUUUAGCUAUGGAAUCUGACGAUCACAGUUCAAUAGAGAGAGAAAAAUCACACCCUUUUCUUCCCCUCUUAAAAAUGUCCACCGUUUAUUACUCAUGCAAAGACUGGGUUUUUUUUAAAUCUUAUUUACUGGGAUGUUUAAAGUGAAAAGAAUUGCAUACAAAAUAAUGUAAAGCAAUUGCCUCUGGAAUUUAAUAGUUUUGACCUUGGACUUAAUAAGGAACAGCCGUACCCUCGAAAUAAUUGUAUUAAUUGCUGUCCUUAGUAUAAUAGAGGAUCUUUUAAUUUUAUUUUUUGUUUUCUGGAUUUUGUAGUGGCUCAUUUGCGUUAUGGACCUCCAUCUAGCUGUCAGCUGUAGGUACCAAGUGCUUCUGAAGGACUGGAUGCUUUUCUGUAUGUUAUCUCUUAGGUAACCUCUGUGUGUCUUAUAGAUGAAUACAUGAGUACAAUUGCAGGAAGGAUUGUAGUUCAAUUUUUUAAUAUUUGGAUAUUUUCUCCCUGUAAUGUGCAUGGCUCAAACUUUCCAUAUUUAGAGCAAGCAGUAAAAAACCCCUGCUUUAAUUUUCCAGUGGAUGUGCCAGGGGGAAUAGUUAUCUGUGAAGGAGUACAUUUUGAAAACCACCUUUUUUAAACAAAAGAAACAAGCAUCGUGCAACAGUUUCAGACUACUUUAGAACCUGGAUCAAAUGCGGUGAUAAAUUUUGUGUUUGCAAGUAGAACUGCAGACAGUUUGAGAAGCACAUGCGACGUUGGGCAAUUAUCCCUGCUGUUCCUUAGUGCAAUACAAUAAAAACCUCAAAGUAAAAUAAA